UAGUGCAUGCCGGGUGUAAAUUCCGUCUAUGAAAUCUGUCAGUGGAGUUUGAUUAUGAACUGGACUAUAUGAUUUGACUUCAAUUCGAAGCAUAUCGUCUGCCUGACGAGCAAAUGAAUUGACACUGUUACAUAGAUUUAUCACGAAGACAACAUGGAUCCGAAAAUUGCUAAGAAAACACAGAGUACUUUGGGCAAAGUGAUCUCGAAGCCCCCUUUGACAGACAAACUCUUGGGGAAACCGCCGUUCAGAUUCCUUCAUGAUGUUACAACAUCGGUCAUCAAGACAACUGGGUUUAUGAAGGGACUGUUUACUGAUUUUGAAUUGAACUCUGAAAAUGUCAAGGAAAAAGACAACAAAGUGGCGUUUCUUCAGAAAUCAAUCGAUAUGGUUUGUCUUGUAACUGGGAAGUCUCUGUCAGUCCGACCACAAAAGAUAGUGGCAGGACAUGAGCCAGACAAGACAAAUGAGUUUCUGCAGGUGCUUGCUGAGGCUAUCAACAUGAAGGUUGAUAAUGAUGAGUAUGUAAAGAGACUUCUCAAGGGGAAAGGGGGAGGAGCAGAGAAGAAAGACAAGGAGAAGGAGUCAAGGUCACGCAGUGCUGACAAGAGGAAAAAGGAAUCUGAGGAGAAGAAAGAUAAGGGUCCUGAAGGUAGGGAGAAGACAAGGGAUAGGGAGAAGAGCAGGGAUAAGGAAAAGAGUCGAGAAGAAGGAAAAGAUAGAGAAAAAAGCAGGGACAGAGACAAAGAUAGGAGCAGAGACCGUGACAAGGAUAGAGAUCACAGGCGUAAGAAGCGAGAUGAGCCUGGGAAGGAGAACGAGUCUCCAGCAGGUGAUAAAAUGGUGAAUGGAGAGGAACCUAACAAGCCGCAGGAGACCCACACUCGCCUGCAGCGGCCAACUUCAGCGAAGGGUUCACGGAGGCGUCGUGAAGGCCGCCGUACUGCGGACAGUGAAGAAGAAGAUGAAGAGUUUGUGCAGAAGCAAGAACCCACAGUUGGAGAAGCUGACCUCCCGCCCCAGGUGGCCAAUGCACGAAGAAUGGCACGUCCUUCCAGUGCCCGUCCUGCUCCUCCAAGACCAAAGCAAGAUGGAGUAGAGAGUGAGCCAGCCAUGAGACUUGGUAGUGGGCAUCCAACCAAUGUCAUUGUGGACAAUGGUCAACAGUCUGAGGAUGAUGAUGAGAAUUUCCUGGUAGAAGAGUCCGCACCGCAGCCGCCAGAGCCAGAUCAGACCGUGCUGAGUAAACAGGAUGGGGAAGAUGAUGCUGAUCAUGGAGCCCUUGUGAAGAAGAUGCUGGAGACAAAGAAGGAAUUUGAAGAGGGAAGUCAGCCACAACAGGGUGGACCUCCCAAGAAAACAGAAAUUGAAAGACCAGUCUUGUCUGAUGCUGCCAGAAGAAAGCAGCUCGAAAUUGUACAGAAGGAGAUCGACAAGCUGCGGAACAGCAUCCAGAGCCUGACGCGGAGCGCCAACCCAUUGGGGAAGAUCAUGGACUAUGUGCAGGAAGAUCUGGACUCCAUGCAGAAAGAGCUGGAGAAGUGGAAAUCUGAAAAUAAGGAACACUCACUGGCUCUCAAGAGGGAGAGAGGCAUUACUGACCGGUCGGUGGAACCACUCAAGGCCCAGCUGUCCGAACUUGACCAAGCUAUUAAGGAUCAGCUUGACCUCAUUGCAGCGACAAAGUCCAACAUCAUUAGGAACGACCAGAAGAUUGACAAGAUGCUCAAGAGUAUUGCCAAGUCGUGAUGACCGCUCUCCAUCCUGGUGCUAGGAUCGGUCAGGGCAGUCAGAUGGGGAACUACAGGCUAGACAACACCUGUUGACCAUCACAUGUUUUAAGCUGAAACCGUUAUUUCUACUAAACACCAAUGUUUGAAAAUUACAUCCAUUUAGCUAUUUAUUGAAAAUCUAUUAUUCAAAAGAGUUAUACUGGGUUAUAAUUUAUUAUUUAUUCUUCAGUAAUGAAACCACCGCCAUAUAGCUGGGAUAUUGCUGACUGCGGCGUUAAACAAACAAAACAAAAAACAGUAAUGAAACUCAAAUUAAAGUUUUAGGUGUGUAAAAAUACAGGUGAUAUAUGAUAUUUUGCUGUUUUGUGAUACUAGAUAUAUAUUUAGUACACAAGGUGGUGUAUUUCAGGUUGACCACUUGUUUCCUGUCAAAUCAUUGGCACAUAUGGUUCUCUUCAGCACAAUCAGAGCAAGUUAAGUAGUAUUUGUAUCAUGAUACAUCCCUUGAAGUGAGAACUGAGUAGUCCUCAGCAAGCUGACAAUUGUUAUCAUUAAUGUGGUAGCUCCUUAUCUUUCUUUCAGUUAUGAGUGUUAAGUGUAAACAGAUUUUUUAAAAGAUUCGUUUCCCUUUCUGUGCCCACGUCCCCUGCUAAUCGCUCAGUGUUGCUCAUCUUUAUGGAAGAUCUUAAAUCAUGUCCUUAUUGUUUAAGACUACUAUAUGCUAUGGAGGAGUAUCAUGGUAUGAAACAGUAUCUCUGUAUUCUUACACCCCAUCCACAACAUUAUAUAUCCAACAUGGACAACUGGAGUGUGGUUGUCUGAGUGUGUUCAGACCUGGCUACCUGGCUGACAGCCUCCAUCUGCAACUCUCCACUCAAACUUAAGCAGUGUGUACUUAAUGAGGAAACAGCCACCAUUCACUGGCUGGUCAUAUUGUGAUGAAGUGGCCAUCGGGUAAACUUCUUGAUGAUUUGAAGUCAGAAAUGCAGUAUGAAUAAUGACACUGAAUUAGGCGAUUAAGUUGUUUUUAGUUGGUUUAUGGAAUUUUGUUUUGUUUCUAUGAUGUCAGCGGUAGAAUAAAAAUGGUCGCAAGGCAUAUGAAUGUAACCAUUUUCCUGCCAAAAUAACUGCACAACCUGAUAUCACAUAUCAAAGGGCAUAACCCUUGUUGGUCUGUAUUUGGUACUUUGCAAUGAAACUUUCUUUCAACACAAACUUAUUUGAGUGAUAUUUCAUGAUAGUUUUCGUCCAAUUUAUAUUUUUGUACCAUUAGAGUCGUUGAUGAUAAACAAAUGAGUCAUUUUAAUAUUUUAUCACUUUGGUAUUUUUCAUGUCAAUGGACCCAUAAACCAACAACAACACAAUUAGUCGCCUUAAGGUCAAGGGUAUCUGUGUCGGCUAUUUAUUUCAUAUUCAUUUCAUAAGAUAUUGAUAUUGUUUCACAAGCUAAGAAAACUGGGACCGAGAUUUUCUGUGUUUAUAUUUAUUUAAAUAUGUUCAUGUUUGUCUGGGUGCCAUUGUUACAACAGCAUUAACAGAUGUUAGAGAAGUGCAUUGUUUCUAGUUAUAUUUCAAAAUGUCUUUUAAGUAUAUUUGGCGUUUGUUUUAUCUUACAUGUGAAUUGUGUGUGUAGAUAUCAACAAGCGUUUUAGAUCAAUAAGAACCAAUAUUUCCUGAGUCUAGACUCAGCACAUUCUGUCAUCAGUGAUUAUGGUUGUGGUUAAUGGGUGAAUGGUUAGUGUUUUGUUAUGCUGUUGUAACAUGUACACCUAUUUGAAACUCAGCAUCACUCAGGUGAACUUGGUCAAGAGUUUGUCCCGUGAGCCCCUGAAUACCAGCGAUUAAUCCAGAACCGUACAAACUAGUAGUGACAGGAAAAACUGGGGAUUUAUUUACUUUUCUGUUGAUCCUGGUUUCAGCUCAAUCAAUGAACUUUAGGUCCCAAUUGUAAAGCUUAAAUAUCAAUUAUAAUUCAUUAGUUGAAUUUGGACAAUAUGUUCUCUUUUUGUUUUGUUUUUGAUGGAUAUAUACAGAGGGAAAAAAAUAAGGGAUCACAUCAAAGUACAAGUGUUCCCUUAUUUUUUUUUCCAGGUUUCUUCACAAGCUAUGCGAUACAAAGCUUGUGAAGAAGCCUUAGGAAAAAAAUAAAGGAACACUUGUCCUUUCAUGUGAUCCCUUAUUUUGUUCUCUCAGUAUAUAUGCUGGAAUAGGGGACCAUCUAUCGAUGGUUGUGUAGGACAUGUCUCAAGAUGGUUAAGAAUGUGCAUCCAUACCUCAUGCUCUUCAGUAACAUUCAUGCAGUCUGUGAUAACAGCCCCUGUGUUUUGUACCUCAUGUGAGUCUGCUUGCCCAUCUUGUUUCAUCUGGUCUUCUUCCACUGUCCACCUAUUGUCUAUACUGCUGGGGGCCCAACAAAUAUCUCGAGUUGCUGGAAUAUGAGCAUAUUCAGCUUACAUAGGAGAAAACAUAUUGUUCUUUCAGAAGGCAAAUAUGUCUUUGAUCGCAAUUAAAACAUGGGUCAUAAGAGUAGGAUUUAAGAUCUAUGGAUCAAGGUUGGGUGUUGAAUAUAAAAGCCUUAUAUUAAAUCAUUUAUUGGGACAUCCAUAGUGUGUCCUGAAGACAUAAGUGGGGUUUUUUUGUAAUGAAAUACCCUUUUUCAGCUUAAAUAGUGAAAUCAUGUUAUCAGCACCAUAACAUUGUAUAGUGUUGGUUUAAUGUAUACAGGGUUACACAUGGCCACUUAUCUGUUAUUCUGUGUCCAGUGAGAUCCAGGACUGGUAGCAAAUCAUGCACAUGUCUGAUAUGAGGUCAGGACAAGCUGGAGGUGACCAAUGGUGUCUACCCCCUGUGGAUGUGGAUGUAUGAAGGUGUGGUGACACCCUGCUCACUCCACCAACAUCCAACCACUUGAGGUCUUUGAAUGGCAUCAUUACGAUUCACAUGGUAAACAUUCAUUCUUAUUUUCAGCAGCAGUUUUAUCCCGACACCAGUAUGUUACUGUAAUUAGAGCACAGUGAAUUUGUUAUAAAGAUACGUUUGUAGAAUUUGUGUGACAUCAAAGGUUAAGGACCAACAGUUUAGUGGUCCUUCACUUGUUUUGAGUGGUACGAUUCACCGCUUGUUUGAUAAUGAUGAUCAUCUCUUUAUAGUUGACACGAGAAGAAUCAAAACUGGUUGUUCAUGUCACUUGUCAACAUUGGCCUGCUCUGAUGAAACAAUAUGUUCUUUAUUUAUUUAUAUGCAUGUUCAUUAGCUCGUGUGCACUGUUUUGGAUAGAUUUAGAUCGACACAAUGACAUGCCAAAGUUAAAUAUUCACAUCCACACAUUUGUUUUGUUUUGACCUACCAUUCAAAUCUGUUAUUUACUGUAAGAGCGUACUCAGCUAUAAUCGUGAUUGACAUGUUAUAGGCAUAUGCUUAUGGAGCCUUUCUCACAGAUGCCCAAAUUCCUGAUCCCAGAUAUGUUGAUGGCUGAAAUUGUUUAACUGUUUGCAUGUUUGGUGACUUCUAUUUUGUUUUAAGAUCACGUAAGCUUCUUCAUGAGUAGGUCAGGUAAAGAUGUGGGUUAGAAUUGGUCUCCUAUGCUUGUGAGAAGCCAUGAAGGGGACAGGUAUUCAAGAUUACUGACUUGCUUGAAGCAAGAUCAUAUCCCAGUUACAAGGAUUACUGUCAUGACAUGUGGACCAGGCUGGAUAAUAUACUGACUGCCAUCAUAUAGCUGGAAUAACACAGUGCAAGGCAUUGAAUAACUGUCUUCUUGCAGCACAUGAGUAGAUCAAGUACCAUGGUAACCACCAUUUGGACUUGUGUGUGUGCUCUGCGAUUCCACUUGUCCCAUCUAGAAUCUCAGUCGCUAUGGUUAAUAACGAUGAAGACUUACAGUGACCUGGUUGGGCUACUGUGACUGACUGCUUACUGAUGUGCUUUCUUUCUUCCAGAACAUUGUUACAUGUUUUACAUUAUGCUGAUUGUUAAUUUAUGUGUUUUAUGGUUAAUAUCUAUUCUUUUAUUUAUUAAGGUGGCACUAUAUGUAGAACAUUCUCACAAGUACUUAUUAAACAUAUCACGCUCAUGGUCACAUUCGUUGAAGAGGUACCUUGUUGAAAGUAUUCUGUGUUUUGCUCUGUCGUUUGAUAAUGGCACACAACCAAUGAAAUGGUCUUUGAAAUGAGAAGUGGAAUGUUCCUUUGUAAGAAACUAAAUGUUCUUAGAUUAAUUAUGUAGGAGGCCCCUGGCAUGCAAGUUAAAUUAUUAAAAGAGAUAGCUCAAGUACCCACGAUCGCAUUUACUUUCUGUUUAAUUGUCGCUGAUACUACAUUCAAAGCAACUCUGUCAGGUAAUCAAAGAACGAAGACAAAACAUUUGAUGUCUGUUUUCAAAAUUCACUAGUUUUCUUAAUGAAGUUAAUUUGCAGUUCUAAAUUUAACAGAAUGAUUGUAGCAUUUGUUUGCGGGGAAAAGGUCAAGCAAUGCAAUUAGUUAAACAAAUAUGCUUGUCACUCAUAUUUCAAAAUAUGCCUAUGAAAGAUUGAUUCAUGGAUGGUUAGACACAGACUGUCUGUUAUUCCUGAAAAUAGUGAACAGUCUUUAAAAGUCAUGCUGCUACCACAAGACUACUUAAAUAUAGUUGCAAGCAAUGAUGAGGGCUCCUCGGCUUUAGUUCUAUUUAGCCAAUUGUGUCUGUCACAUAUUUGAUGAAAGUUGUAAUAGUUUUAGUUAAUAUGAAUCAUUUCACUGCUCGUCUUUGGAGAUACAUCACUGCAAUCAGUAGUUAUAAUCGACACCAAUAGCCCACUUGUACAGGUACAUUUUGGUCGAAAUCGGAAGGUUGGUUUGAGAGUUGUAUACAGGUGUUUGAAUUGUAUUUGAGGGCUAGAAAUCAUCCAAAACGGAACAAGAACACAUUUUUGACAGGCGAGCUGAUCUUCCAAACACAGCCGGGGUCGUGGGGGUCAUGUACCUUUUAAGAAGUUCUGGAGAAGAAAUAGUUCCCUCUUUAAAAGGCUGUAUCGCAGUUGUUCUUGGGUCUGCGGUCAAAACAAUUAAUGUUCUGGAAUCACGAAGACUUCAUCUAUCACACUGGCAGAAUUUGCACAUUUUGGGAGCAAACUACUCAGAGAACUGCUGAAAAACAUGGCCAAAACUGAAAACAAAAAUAACUGCCAAACCGUUCAAUUUAGCGACUUGACCCGUCCAGGCAAAA